GGGAUCUUUGGUGGUGCCGGAGGUCGGCACGGUUCAGCCGCUGGGGGCGAGAGAGAGGUCCCCACCCUGCCGUGGCAUAAAGGCGGCGACUCCAGUCGAAGGAUGGGCAGCGUUGUGGGUGGCAGCGAAGCCAGUCCUUUCGGUUAUCGGGAGCCUGGCUCCGUCACGAUCGACGAGGCGAACCAGGCUCCCGUCAAACAAAGCAAGGACACUCACUCCGCAGAGCCCAGGUCAGAUUCACUUGACAAUAUGGAACUGGCUUCCGUCGAUACGGAUAAGAAUUUGGUGACUCGGGGACAGACGGGGAACGACAUGGACAGGCAGCUGGGUACCAAAUUCCGAGCAGCCGAUGAUCCGCACACCGCAGUCGGACGGGGGGCAACCCCAGCGAAGAAAGCAAAGUUGACGUUCACCUCCGGCUUGGCCGAGGCGUUGGAUCAGCCUAACGCAGAUCCCUGUGCUGCUAUCAGACAGACCUUGAGAGGGUAUACUGACGUCACUCUCCGCAAAGUCACUGGAUUUUAUCGACAGAGAUUAGAAGAGGCUAUUGAGGAGUGUGUUGAAGCUGUCUCUCUGAAGAUACGACACGAGACAAAGUCAUAUGAACAUUUCUACAGGGAAAUCCAACGCCUGGUGAAGGAUGGGAGUCAUCGGCAAGCAUCAGAACGUCUCCUGGAUUCGGUGAUGGAGAGUGGAGCUCAGGCGGGGAGAGUAAUGUGGGAAACGUUCAUCGAGAUGAAAUUUGCCAACCGCAAACUGAGCAACAUACUGCAAGAGAUUGAGAGUAAAGGAGCCAAUCUGAGGAUGGAAGUGAGCCAGAGCUUAAUGGAACCCAAAGUGUCCGGCUACCUCAAAGAUAUCCAGACCCAAUACAAAAGGUUCCUUCUUCAAGCCAAUGAGGACUUCUGGGUCAACAUUGCCGGUGGGGAGAGGGAUAAGUCCUGUCUGGAGGAGUGCUACACUGAACAGGUCAUCGUUGUUUCCGGUCCUGAACAGGGUGUUUCGGGGCACACCCUGACAGUGAGGGGGAAGAGGCGUGAGGAAGGACAAAGGAAGAUGAUUAAGUCCCAGUGGGAGACCGUGAGGGUCGGUCAGCUGUUCAGGAGCAGCUUCGGGAAGAGUAACUUGCCUGGGACGGUGGUGGUGAGUGGGCCAGCAGGGAGCGGGAAAACGACCAUGGCCCAGAAGAUUGUCCGGGACUGGGCCGAGGGUAAGAUCUAUCACCAGUUCCACUUUGUGUUCCUUCUUAAGUUUCGAGACCUCAACAGCGUUGCAGGCAGGACAAGCAUCAAGAAGCUGAUCCUGGAUUCGUAUCCUCACUUUGGGGACAGUAUGGAGCAUCUCUGGGAGCAGCCUCAGGGGCUGCUGUUUAUAUUGGACAGUCUGGAGGAGUUCAAGGAGAAGAUUGAUUUCACAGAGCCGAAGGGAAACACGCUGCCCGAGCGCCAGUGCUUCCACCCGGAAUGUCUGUGCGAGGUCUCGGACAUUGUGCGUUGCCUGAUCCGACAAGACGUACUGAGGGGCUGCUCGGUCUUGCUGACAACCCGCCCGACUGAACUGCAGACGCUGAGAAACGCUGGGGUCAAUCUGUGGGCAGAGAUCGUAGGCUUCCUGAAGGCACAGCGCAAGGAGUUCUUGGGGAAAUACUUUGGAGAUCAGAGGCUGGCAGAAGCAGCGUUCACCUAUCUGGAACAGAAUGACAUCCUGUAUUCCAUGUGUGACAAUCCGUCUUAUUGCAGAAUCAUCUGCUACUCACUGGCCCCUGGCUUAAGACGAAUGCAGGAGACUCAGGAAACACUCCCUACGUCUGUCACUCAAUUAUUUGCAAGUUACAUGUCAAACAUCUUCAAAAACCAUCAGUUCAACAUUUAUAAACAUCAUGCUGUCAGUGCUGAACAAAUCCGUGACUUGGUGCUCAGGACUGGUCAGCUGGCCUAUCUGGGCAUCUGCCAAAACAUCCACGCUUUUAAUGAGAGCCAUUUAAAUUGUUGCAACGUGGAGCGAUCGUACGCCCUGCCGGGGUUCCUGAUACAGCACAUGGACCCAAGCACGUCUCGGUCGCUUUUCUCGUUCGUUCACGUCACCCUGCAAGAAUUCCUCGCAGCCCUCAGUAAAUACCUGACUGCAGACGCACCGAGCCUGACACGGUUCCUCACCCAGCUCCUCGACUCUCCCCAGGGAGACGACCGAUUCAAGACAUUCCUCAGGUUUAUGGUCGGUCUAUCAUCGCCGGGUUGCGCACAGGUAAUCAAAGACCUCCUCGGACCCCUCCCUCAUGAGGUCACCUGCUCGGUGAGAGACUGGGUGAAGACACAAGCUGAGGCCAGCUCCAGCAAACGCAGGCUGUUGGAAUCUAUGCACUAUCUCUUUGAAUCACAGCACGCGGGGUUAAUGCAGCACGCUGUGGGAUUGAGAGGGACCCUCACGCUUGGAGAUGACUUCCCUUACAAUGCACUUCGCCUGACCCCUGUGGACUGCACCGUACUGGGGACUGUUUGUCGUCCCUGCCAUGAGGUCCAGGGACUUAACCUCAGCUACUGCGGCCUGGGAACGGAAGGCAUCCAGAGGCUCGCUUCUGCCCUACACAAGUGCAAGGCGCUCAGACUGCGAGGUAAUAAUCUCACUGACAACGGAGUGAAACUGCUGUCUGAGACACUGAAGAGGGAGGACUGUCAAAUACAGAUACUGGACUUGUCUUCCAAUGAUCUCUCUCACACCGACGCCCAGGAACUGGCCAAGGGGCUCAGCAGCAACUCGUCACUGACACAGCUCAAUCUGAGUCAGAAUAAACUGGGGGAUACUGGAGUGACGAACGUGUGUGAGGCGCUGAGCAGCCCGCAGUGUAAAAUACAGUCUCUGCUGCUGUGUGAGAACCUGAUUCGGGGGAAGGUCGUUGAAAAGCUGAUGUUGACCCUCAGCACCAAUUGGUCAUUGACAUCUCUGAACUUGAAUAAGAACAAGCUGGGAGACCAGGGAAUCAGACUGAUGAUUGCUGCUCUGGGACAAAGGAGCUGUACGCUCCAAACGCUGGAACUGGAGGGCAAUGGCAUCACAAACGCGUACACCGAAGACCUGGCUGUCGCCCCCACCACAAACGUGGCGCUGACAAAGGUGAACUUGUCCGACAAUUUGCUCACUGACCAGUCUGCUCUAGCUCUUUCGACGCUGACCAGGAGACACCCUUCCCUCCGGACGAUCGGGUAAGUCCUCCUGCGUUGGGGGCCGCGGCUGGGUUUAAUCUGCCCCUUGCUCCCUCCACCGUGAUCAAGACAGGUCACUUUGUUACAUCCCAGUGAAUCACCUCACACAGCACAGCACAGCAAGAUUCCACACACGGGAUAAACGUUGCGAUGAGGCUUUUUUCAGGUCUUUUAAUUGGAAGAGCAGUUCUCGACAAUCGGACAUCAGGCCCUUCGGCCCUCGAGGUUGUGCUGAGCUUUCAUCCCCCCUUCUAAGAUCAGACUGACCUACAGACCCUUCAUUGCACUAUCUGCCAUGUGCCUACCCAAGAGUCGGUUAAAUGUCUCUAAUGUCUCUGACUUUACUCUCACCGCUGACAGUGCAUUCCAC